CAUAACUCGAGUAACCCAUUUUCAUUAUCAUUUCUUGAGAUGUAUAUGUCUUCAUUGUCUCCGAGACUCCACAAAGCAUACAAAGCUAGAUGUGUUAGCUUACCGGUUCGGUCUCAUCCGAGUGUUAGGAGGAUUCAAGAAGUGGUCUCCAAGGUUAGAGCUUUGGGGUCUUCUUCGUUAGACUCGAGGACGAUGGUCCGUGAUGGUCUCUCUGGUCUCACCGAGCUUUACAGAUGUUUAAGUGAAGAUCUCUUCAAGUCUUCUUCUGAAACUCAACAAGCUCUUCUUAACGGUGACGGCUUGAUGGAAGAGCUUCUUGAAGUAUCACUGAAAUACUUAGAGGUUUGUGGAGGAGCUAAGGACGCAGCGUCGAGGAUCAAGAAGAUUGUUGUCGAACUUCAGUCUGCUUUGAGAAGGAGCAAGAAAGGAGGUGAGUUUAGCCUCGAGAGUGACGUUGAUGCUUAUGUGGCGUCUAGGAAAGAUAUCAAGCAGGAGAUCAAGAAGUAUAUGGUAAUGUCGAAAGAGACAGAUGCGUCUUUGGAGAGUGUUUGGUGUGAUGGUGAUGAUCAAGAGAUGAGUGCUUUGGUCAGAGUGAUGCAAGAGACGAGUGUAAUGACUUGUUUCGUCUUACGCUCGGUCUUCUCUUUCUUGUCUUCGCCUAAAGGGUUAAAGACUAAGAAUCAUCACCACCACAAAGGUUGGGGGAUUGUUAUGAAGCUUGUGAAGAAAGGAAUGGAUCAUCAUCACCAGGAGAAAAGAGAUCAUGAGAUGGGAUUUUCUUGUCUCGUGCUUGAAGCUAUGGAAUCUGAGCUUGGGAAGCUUGUUGUGAUGACGACGAGAGAAGAUCAAGAAGAGGAGAAAAAGAUUAGUGAAGAAGUAUCUGAGAAGGUUCAAUGUACAUUGGUUAGAUCCGAAGGUGUAGAGGCAGCCAUGGAAGAGCUUGAAGAGGGACUUGAAGGAUUGUUCAAGGUAAUGAUACAAGCUAGAGUCUCUCUUCUUAACAUCCUCUCCACUUAAUUCAAAAUGGAUCAGAUUCGAAUUUCUUGGUCUGGAUUUGGAAAGAAAUUAGUUGCUCUUGACCAAGUCGAUCGAUUGGUUUUAAAAUCUUGGUUUGGUUUUUUUUUGUUUGUUCUUGUAUGUUGUGAGAGAGAGUUUAAACAUGCGUCCAUGUUUUAGAGGAUGUGUGUUUGUUGUAAGUGUGUACCUCGUUCAGGUGUGAACAACUCUUGUAAAGUUUUAUGUACUUAUAAAUAUCUAUUAUUUUA